AUGGUCAACAAUUUCCGCUUGCAUAUCCCCACUUGCACUGACAUUAAGAGGAGACCACCUUUACUAGCUCUUCUUCUCAUCAUAUUAUCUCUGUGCACCACCAACUGCAAUGGUCAAGACCCUUUAGGUAAUUUAUGCAAUGAUCAACAAACUAAUAAUAAAACUACCAUCCAAAAUAUCAACCACUUAAUAACCGAGCUAGUUUCAAAAGCUUCUUCUUCCGGUUACUUCACCACCACCUCCGGCCAAGGCCAAGAUAAAAUAUACGGCCUAGCGCAAUGCAGAGGUGAUGUUAGCACCGACGACUGCUCCGGCUGCCUCCGUGACGCUGCCAAAGAAAUCGGCCAGCGCUGUCCGAAUCAAGUUGAUGCAAGAAUUUGGUAUGACUAUUGCUUUUUAAGAUCAGAAGCUGUAAAGGAAAAGAAUAAAGGGAUUGGUAAAGGGGAGACAAAGUUGACACCUUUGGUUACACUUUAUGCAUUAGCGCAAUGUACAAGAGACUUGGCUGUUGUAGACUGUGCGCAGUGUAUAGCCAUUGCCGUCGGUAAUUUCCCUAACUUCUGUAACAACAGAAAGGGUUGCAGAGCUAUUUACAGUAACUGUUAUGUCCGAUAUGAGCUCUAUCCAUUUUUCUUUCCUCUCGAUUCAUCUAAUAAUUCUUCAUCUGUUGGUAAUUGUGUUGUAAAGGUUUAUCCUUGAAUUGGAAUCUUUAUCACCAGAAGCUCUGUUGAGCUAUAAAUUAAUAAUACUUGUUGUAAGAAAAAAAUAAUUAACCAUAUUAAACUUAUAAUCUUGCAA